UCCUGGGGUUUUGGGGACAUUCCCAGGGUUUUUGGGGACACCUGGGGACAUCACCACAGGUUUGGGGACAUCUCCAGGGCUUUGGGGACCCCUCCAGGGCUUUGGGGACAUCUCCAGGGCUUUGGGGACAUCUCCAGGGCUUUGGGGACGCUGAGGCAAGGCUGGCACAGCAGGACCCCGCUGGGGAGGGGUCCCAGAGGAGCAGCCGGGGCGGGGGUGGCACAGGAGCCCCCGGGGGAGGCUGAGGAGGGUCAGGGAGGGGACACCGGCCAUGUCCCCAAGGCCAGGGUGACACGGCUGUCCCCGGGCCAGGCCUACGUGGUGCUGGGGCAGUUCCUGGUGCUGCGCAAGGACGAGGAGCUGUUCCGGGAGUGGCUGAAGGAGACGUGCGGGGCCAACGCCAAACAGAGCCGCGACUGCUCGGGCUGCCUGCGCGAGUGGUGCGACGCCUUCCUCUGAGCCCCCUCCCCAAAUCCGGGCACCCCAAAACCCCCCCUGAGCCCCUCCCUGCACCCCAAAAUCCCUCCCUGGACCCCAAAAUCCCUCCCUGCGCCCCAAAAUCCCUCCCUGCGCCCCAAAAUCCCUCCUGGAAUCCCCGAAACAUCAAAGUCCUGGCGAGUUCCAGCUGCCGGACGCCUCUGGGAGGGGAUGGGGGCUCCCCAAGAUCGUCCUGGGGACCCCAAAACCACCCCUGGGGACCCCAAAAUCAACCUGGGGACCCCAAAACCACCCUGGGGACCCCAAAAUCACUCUUGGGACCCCAAAACCCUCCCUGGGGACCCCAAAACCACCCUGGGGAUCCCAAAAACAACCUGGGGACCCAAAAAUCCCCCUGGGGACCCCAAAACCUCCCUGGGGACCCCAAAAUCACUCUUGGGACCCCAAAACCACCCUGGGGACUCCAAAACCCUCCCGACCCUUCCCAUGCACCCCCUCCCCAACCCCCCUCACACCUGUGGGACCCCCAAACCGGUGCUGCCACCCCCCCAAAAUUCAUCCCCGGGGGGGUCCCAGGGUGCCACCCCUCCCCCAUCACCCCAAAACCACCUUGGGGGGGGUGAGGGGGUCCCCACCUUCCCCUCCCCCCACCACAGGCUGGGAUUUUGGGGUGCCGCCCUCGCGGGGGGGUUCGUGUUCAUUUGGGGUGCCCCUCCCCCCGCCAUUAGUGUUACUUUGGGGUACCCCCGCCCCUCCCCCACCGGGGGUCUGUGUUAUUUCGGGGGUGCCCCCCCAAGUUUGUUUUUAAAAUGAUUUUCUAAACAAUAAAGGUUUUGCUGUGCUGCA